AACUUUCACUUUGUCACCAUGAAAGGCCGUGCUUCUAAAAGGAAAUCUUUAGAAACUGGAGGAAUCAAAGCAAAAAGAGGAAAAGUGACAGAAGAGAAUGACAAUGUCUACCGAAUUGAUUCUGUGUUUUGUGACCUUGUCUCAAAGUCUGGGUUGACCUUGAGAACUGGGAAAGGGCCUAACACGUUGAGUGUAUACCAGGCUGUGUUCCAGAGAGACCUCAGGCUUAACAUGAAGUCCAAGAAUGAUCAGAGGAAGGUGAUUGAUGAGUUCAUGGAUGGAUUACAGACUUACCUAGAGGAAGCUGGCAGAUUUCAUUGGAGCUUGCUGCCCACAGAAGUAUCACCUGAUUCUGAGGCCAGUGUUAGACGUGGGAAACAGGACUGUCUUGUCCGUCUACUCCUGGGCAUUGAUGCUGUACAGCCCAAGUUGAUGAGCAUGUUGCUGGAGAAGUUACCGGAGUUUAUGGGUGAAGAGGAUUCCAUAUUCUCACAAGGAGAGAAGGUUAACAUCCCCAGGCUUAUUGUCAGUCAGUUUCGUUGGUUGGACAGAAUUGUGGACAGCAAGGAAUUAACGUCAAAAAUGUUGGAGAUCCUUACAAUAACAUCUAUGGACAUUCAGCGGGAAAUAAUCAGCUGUUUGCCAGAAGUGGUGGAUGACGAACAACAUGCAGAUGUGGGCUAAAUCACUCAGGUACUGUGUCAAGGUCAAAGUGGUGCCAAUGUCAAGGCCAAAGUGGUGCCAUUAUCAGGAGAUCAUCUCCUGGAAGGUAACAGUUUGACAGCCCCGAUAUUAGACUCCCUCUCAAACUUGACCUUACAGCCAGAGCUCAUGGCCGAGGUCCGUGACUCCGUCAUCCAGACGUUACUCUCUGUGGAGAUGGAAGACUUGCCAGUUGUCACUAAAUUCCUUAUUCAGUCAAUCUCGGGAUCGGAUGCCUUGGAGGUGAUUGGCCAGAUGCGGUCAAACUUGAACUUUGAACCCAGUGUCUCUAUGAAAUCUCUUAGUCAGAAAGGUGUUAAAGGUCGUGAAGACAGCUCAAGAUCUGUGAACACUAACCGAUGCUGUGAGGCUUUAACUCUGGAUGCCAUCAAGUCAGGAAUCCGCUUUCAGAAUAGUGUGGCUCAGGCAUGGAUUAAGACGAUUGAGAAUGUGAAACUGCCGGCAGAUCACAAAAUUGUGGAUGUUUUUGUCUUGUUAAUUCUCCAUGCCACAAAUCGCAAGAAGGUCGUCGAAAGUUUGGUUCGAAACAAAAUCCGCGCAGGAUGUUUUACAGACGUGCUGCUUCAGUCUGCAUUCAAGUCACAUACUGAGGUCAUGCGUGAGUAUUUUCCUUCCAUCUUGUCAUUGGCUGAAGUUUUACUCCGCUCCCCUGAGCCUGCCAUCUCGUACUUCGCCUGCUCCCUCUACAAGGAGGCUUUUGGGACCUUGGAUACAUAUUGUAAACAGGAGAUCGUGGGUACUCUUGUCACCCACUUGGGGAGUGGGUUCGAAGGAGAGAUAGACGCCUCCUUAGACAUCCUGGCCAGCCUGGUUGACACCCAUCCAAAGAGCAUGGCGCCGUUUGCUGUCUUUGUUAAGGGUGUGUUGGACUUCCUUGAUAAUCUGACUGUAGUACAGAUCAGGAAGUUGUAUUCUAUGCUGAGUGAAAUGGCAUUCAGAAAUCCCAAUGACGGCGCCCUGAUCCAGGAUGACCUCCAUAUUGUGAUUCACAAACAGCUGUCAAACCACGAUGAAAAAUAUCGUCGAAUGGGCGUGAUCGGGGCAAUCAUGGUGGUGAAAAGUAUGGCGUACACAAAUCCUGAUAACUGUGGUGACGGAAAAGGGGAAGCAACUCUGUCAGAAGAUGUGUACAGACAGGUCAUCGGUCUCUUACAACUAGUGAAAACGAGUGUUGCCAAAAGCCCUGAAGCCACGGCAUUGUUCAUGGAUGAAUUGUCCAGUGUGAUUGCUGUGGGGAAUCUUCAUUCUAGAGUUGAGGUUUGGAUUGGAGAUAAUGUCACCAAUGAUUUUCAGGAUGACUUUGUUGUGGACAUUGAUCCUGAAGACUUGACCAGAGACAGAUUAGUUCCCAUGGCAUUAUCGUUUGGUCUUGAUGAUACUGAAGAUGCGAAUAUUGCCAUCAAUCUUCUGCCUCUAAUUAUUCAAUCCUAUGAAAACAUGAACAGAUCAGAUCACAGUGGGGCAAAACGGGUUCCUUCGCCAACGUGCUUGGCUGCUCAUUUCCGUCUGGUCAGGAUAUGUGAGCAGAAACAACAGAACAAUGACCUGGAGGGGAUUGAUGCACUGUUGGGUUGUCCUCUGUACGUGUGUAAGGAGGGGGUAGAGGAGAAGAUGAAGAGCCUGUCCCCCAGGGAGAAGGAUGUCAUCUGUAACACAGUCUUUCAGACCAUUAAUUGGUUCAGAGAGGUUGUGAACGGAUUUGCGACCCAGACUGAGCCAGAAAUGAAGGCCAAGGUCAUCAUAAGGCUACAGAAUAUCACAGAUGUGCAAACUCUGCUCAUCAAAUGUCUCAAAGGUCACCCAAGCUUCCAGCCUCCUAAAGCUGUGUUUGACCUUGAGGAUACACCAUCUAAACCACUGGCUUUACCGGUCAAGUCCGGUGCGGCAAAGAAGCCAGGCAAGAAAGGGGCAAAAAAGAAGAAAGGAAGUGCUGAUGUCACAGAUCAGUCUGUUGCCGGGGACGAUGAUAAUGGGGAGACAACUGUCUUGGCUGAACGAUCUCAGUUGUCACUCCAGGGAGACAGUCAAGCUACCCAGGGCUCCCCUACCAAAGACAAAUCAGCGAUAGACUUGGAGUUGUUCCGUCCCUACUUCAGGGAGCUGGACAUAGAUAUCUUCAUGAUUCUGAAGAGUGGUUUUAUUACUAGAGCUGCGCUUGAUUCAGAGGAGAACACCAGGGCAACAACAGAUGUGCAGAUCCAGCCACCACAGCUUGCAUUUCUAUUGGACGACCUUGCCCGAAAGCUCAGUCAUUCGCUGCUGUCCAGCGCUUCAAAACGCAGAACUUUUCUCAAGACAAAAGGAGAUAAGAAGAUAGGGUUCUCACACUUAGAGCAGUUUUCAGCGAGAGAGAUCGCCACCAAGGUGGGAGUACUCUUACCGUCUCUGUGUGAGAACCUGGAAGGUGCCAGUGAAUUCUUCCAGACUAUGAUUGAAGAAAAUGAUGGCGUGAUUGAUGGGCCCGGAAGCUCCACCCCUGAGGCUGAAACCAUGGCAACAUGUUUUAAUCUCCUCCUCCAAACCUUGGUCUCCUUUUUCUCAUGGAAUGGCUUCCUACUAAGUGAAAAUCAUGGAAUGUUGAAAGAAGCUUUAACCGUCCUCGCCAGUCGCAUUAAGCCCUCUGGACCUUCACAGGUCUCCUUCCGGCAUCUACUGAAAACUGCAUUCAAGUAUGUAGAGAAAUUCUCGUCUUCGGUCCCCAACCUGGCCACAGCUGUGACUCUCCUCAAGCUGCUUAUCUGUCUGGCGGAGAAAACGGGCGAAAAGGACAUGGAUCAAGUCAUUGGGGAGCAGUCUGAGGCUUUCCUGAAGCGUGAAUGGUUGGACGGAGAAGGGCAGAGACAGAAGGGAGCCAAACACAAUGAGCACCUCCAUGUCGUCAUCAGAACUUACCUGUCAUACUCAGAAGACUCUCUCCUAGCCACAGAGCAGGUCACAACCAAAGCUAUCCCGGAGCUGCUGGACACGGACAAGAAUGACUGCUCUCAAACCUUCCCCACCCUGGACAGACAGUCGUUUUCAGUGUUCUACAAAGUCAUGUUGUCUGAUCUGGUUGGAACGGCUAAAGAUUUGGAACCAGUAAAUAAAACUGACUCAGACGAAAUAAAGCUAGAUCGGCUGAUUAAGUGGAGUAUGGCUGUGCGGAUAUUCCAUGUGUUUAUCAACCUGAUUAAGGCGUUUGACAGUAGAUCAAACAUCGGAUCAGCUUUAAAGUAUGGCCGCCAGUUUGUGGAUGUAUUUCUCCGUCAGGGAAUGCCGAUGUUGGAUCACAUGUUCCGAAAUCAUCGUGAAGACGUUCAGAGCUUGCUCAAGAACCUCCAGCUAAGCACACGGGCCAUGCACCACAUCUGUAGUCAUGCCAAGACUGUGAAAGAUGUUGCCCUUACGAAUCAAGUUCCUAUGGUUAAGCGUACCUUAGAGACGUUUGUGUUCCGUGUGAAAGCAAUGCUCACCUACAACAAAUGCCUGGAAGCCUUCUGGAUGGGAAACCUUAAAAACCGGGAUCUGAAGGGUGCAGAAAUCCUGUCCCAGGCCUCUGUAGCCUCCAGCGAGGACGGUGGGAGUGAUGAUGACGACGGGGUAGAGGCUCUCCCGGAGGAAAACGAGGACAGUGAGGUGGAAGUGGACAAUCAAAGUGAGGCUGGCGGAGAGUCCAAGACUGGAGACGAUUACGAGAGCUCGUGCAGUGAAAUUUUCUAGAUGUGUAUGUGUAUAUACCAACAGUAAACCAUGUCAUACUAACAAAUAAUAGCUUGAGCAUUUUCCUUUUUUAAUCCAGUGUUGAUAGUUAAUCUACAGUGUUCGUCUUCGAGGUUAGUCGGUUUACCGACGGGAUUAGUUAGCUAUUAUGUUGUUAAUUGAUGCUUUGACGAGAUCACCAUUGUAACCAUUAGGCCGUGAGAAAUCCUCGUUAAAUAAAUGAAGAAUUAAGUUAAAAAAUUACAUAUUCGGGUAACUUUUAGUUUAGUGUUCAUAGUUAAUUAACAGUGUUUGUCUUCGGGAACGACUGGUUUACCGACGUGAUCAGCAAGGACAGUCCCUAUUAGAAAGAGACGUGUCAGGCCAUAUUCUCAGAAGGAAUCACUAAGAUGGUUUUACAUUUUCGGGUAACUUUGAGCAGAUCUUGUUAGUUGCCUGUCUGCUCGAUUUUCAGCGGAUUAAUCUUUGACGUUCCCUCCGAUUGCGUAGGCUAUAAACUAAGUCAUAAAAGUGAAAUGUUCUUCAGAACUCAUAGUGAUAAAUGGUUUAUAGGGUUGAAAGAUUAGCCAUCUGGUAUUGUUCCUCAAACGUGUUUGUAGAUGGACAGCGUAGGCGAUUAUACAAGAGAAGUUACCGCUGUGGUAUUAGUGGAAAGUUAUUGAGUAGUGCACGUAACAACUGUCAAAUCCACAGAGUAAUCGAUUAUUUAUUUACUUGAUUGAUUGAUGUUUUACGCCGAACUCAAGAAUAUUUCACUCAUACGACGUCGGCCAGCAUUUUGAUGGGAUGAAACAGGGUAAAGCCCGGGGGAAACACAAACAUCCGCAGGUUGCUGGCAGACAUUUCGACCUACGACCGGACAGGAAUCCAGCAUCAGCUCGACUUGAACUCACAUCGACCGCAUUGGUGAGAGGCCCCUUGUUCAUGGCACGCUAACCUCUGAGCCAUUUACCAGUUAAGCCGCGUUCAGACCGUGCGAUGGUCAGGUCGACCCCUCUAAUUAAAACAAAUCCAAUUAAAAUAAAACAUGAGCUGUUUUAUGCUGCAUGUGAUAUUCGUCUAAUCGCAUCAUCUGAACGAAGCUAAUGGAAUUGAUUUUCCUAUUUCCGUUUGACUUCUUGAAUUCGACGAGUCGAUAUAGGCCUACGACAAAUCACAUCCUGAGAACUGGACUUUAUUCAAAGCAGUAGAUUUUAGAGAAGUAUGUUAUAAAUAAUAAUCGAUUGUAGAUAAAGGCUGAUUAUACACAGUAGUUGGUUGUAUAGAAUGCUAUGUUAUAUGCUCUUAGAGAAGUAUGUUGAAGGAUAUCUGAAACGCUUUCGUUUCACUUCUUAAGGUGCAUAUUAAGGCCCAAGUGGUCAGUCCGGAAGUUAAGAAAUUAUGUCACCUUGACGACACUGUAGUGACACGGUUCACCGGGCUCGGGGAACCUCGGAAGUGUUUACCGACUGAUGACGGAGAUUACGCAUAAUCUACAUCUACCAAAAUGAAGGUUUUUCAACAAAAAUUCCAGGGCAUAAUUGUCUUCAUUUGGCGUAGAAACGUAAUCUUUGUUUUAGAGUUCUUUUUCAUGCACCUUUUAAAAAUAAUGGCUUAUACAUAAAAGCAGAUUAUACACAGUAGCUGAUUGUAUAGAAUAAUCAGUUAUAUACAGUAAUGCAUAAAAUAUUAUUGUGCAUUAAACAUGUUAACAGAGCAGUCAGUUGUACAUAGUCGAUUGUACAGAGUAACACACAGUUACAUGUGGUUGUACAAAGUAGUCGAUGUAUAAUCUUUGAUUUACGUUGAACCAAAAAAAAUAAAUAAAAUAACCGCUUCGUUUUGUUAUUGUGUAUAGUUUUCUUGUCUUUUGUCAUAGCAUAAUAUUCUUACCUCUGUAAAAGAUGACAAUAAAACACAGAUAUCAGUAUUGUUUUAGAAUGUAUGAAUUUGUAAUUGAAGAUAUUUUUGUAGCCCUUGUAAAUGAUCAAAACACAAACACAUCACAAAUUCCUAUCUGGUAUGUCCAUUCUGUCCAGAUAGGCCUAGAUUGUCACACCAAAGUCCAUACCCAAACCAAAUUAAUCCUGUUUUCCAGUAUACUUGUGGCAUGAAAUUGAAUCGCCCCAGUAGGCCUCCUGCCUUCGUCUAAACCUGUGAAACCAAAAAUUGUACAUGUUUUCGGCCUAAUAAGGAGUUUUUCUGAAAGGCCGCUUAUCGGUAACGUGUUUCUCACUUUCAAACGAUCUUGCAUUUGAUUGUUAAGUUCCCGCGUACUCUAGUUUCGUCAGUGAAAUUGGUGCGGUCUUCGUUCUGUAGUUUGACUCGCGAAUCGCCUGAAACCUUCCUGUCUACCUUGAAGGUUCUAGCUACUAAAAAUAUCUGUAAAAUUUUACCAAGAUGUCCACGAAAACAUCACAAGACUAGUAAAAAAAUCCUUCGGCAUCGAAAACGUGUCGAAAUUGUGGAAGUGGCAAUUCGACUCCGUGAGCGUUAUGCCAUGAUCUGGUACGGAAGACUAUAGGGUGCAUUGUUCAGAACUGAUGGCAUAACGGUUGAAUCCGGGUCGCUUGACGAAUUUUCCUUUGAGUUUAGCAAACGACACCCACAUGUUCAACGAUGAAUCUUGAUCAAGUGAACCUUGAUCGAGUUGAUUCUCGACAGAUCAUCUUCACAUAUGUUCAUUCCCCUCGUUAACGACGCUGCUAUAACUUGGUGGUGGUCCAGAUGGUGAAGCCAACUGGGCUGACGGCCUGGCUAUUGGCGGCAGGGGCGGAACACUCGUGUUGUUGUUGUACGAUAGGUUAAUAACAUACCCUGGAGGAAGCGCGUCAUUUGCGGGCCAGCCUUCAUUGGGUGAGCUCCAGGCGUUUACAGUGUAUAAUGGUAAUUCUGACGGUUGAGUUACUGGUUCGAGAGUGUUGGGCGGUGCGGAGACCACGCGAGACCGUGAUGCG